AUGAGUGAUGCAGAUGAAAUCAGCUUUAUUGUUUCUACAGCAUCCAAGGAUGAAAAUCAUAAUAGUAUAAAUUUAGUCUAUUUCGAGUACAAGGAUAAAAAGCUUCAUUGGCAUCCUGGUAAAUAUAUUUUAGGUGAUACACUUAAUGCACAUGAUAGGUUAGGUGAAAUUCAAAAAUUCUGUUAUGUAAAACCUGGAAGUCAUAUAUCAGGAGAGACAAGAAAUGAUGGAAAUUUAGGCGAUGAUAUUUCAGAUUAUUUAUUUAUUGCUAAAAAGAACGGUGUGAUAGAAGUUAUUAAAGAUUUUAAGAAAAAAGUAACAGAAAGCAAAGAUUUAAUUGCGGAUUUCAAAAUGACUUGUAACUUAUUGCCCUAUUUCCGUGAUGCUGAGAAGCCAAAUGCAUUUGAUAUAAUAUCUCUAGAAUAUUUUAAUGGGAUUCUUUAUUGUUCUACUCGAGUAGGAAAAGUUUACAGUUUUUUUUUAAAUUUACCUAAUUAUUAUCGACAAGUUAACAACUUUUUCAAUAGUAAAGCACAAGAUGACGGAAUAUACUCUAUCUUUAAAGAAUCAUACACGCCUGAUAAUUUUGAAAACCCAAAUAUAUUUGAAAAACUGACAAUGUACGUAACAAAUGAAGGAUGGCAAGACAUUUGUUAUUUUCUCAAACCUACAAUUGACACUUUAAAGGACGGUUGUGGUUAUACUAAGGAUGCAUUGUAUUUUAGAGCGUCAUUUUGUGUAGAUAUUAAAAGAAACAUCGAAUCUUGCCAUGUCAACCCCCUAGAUCGAUACAGCUUAUUGAUAUCAUCUAAUAAUAUAAACAUGUCAAUUGAAAAAUUUAAUAUUCCACAAUAUUUUUAUUAUUGGUUAUUUUCCUUCUUAUCCAAAAAGACUAAUACUCAAAAUAAAUUGAAAAGUUACCAAGAUGGGAAACAGUCGGAGAGUAAGAUAAAUUCUAAAUGUGUCUUGAAGCCUCCUUCAACAAGGAUAGACCGGCUAAAAAAAAUGUCUGACUAUUUGACUGAAAGUUACGAGAGAGGAGAUGAUGGACAUUUUAACCAGUAUAAUAGAAAUGCAGAAUUGGUAGAACCAAGUGAUUAUACUUCACCUCAAUUUAAUCCUAUCACACAUGAGGAGCAAUUGUUCGAACCUGAAGUUUUAGCUGCAUUUAAUAACAGACGAAUGUUGGAUCAUGACUUAGUUCUCUCAAAUAAUAAUGUUGCAAUAAUUCCAAGUUAUAUAUGCUGGGAGUUCAAGAAUGGUAAAGAAAAGACUUUCAAUACCGUCUCAUUUUUAGAGCGAAGGUCUUUGCGCAGAAGAAAUAGAGAAAUGUUCAAUGAAAUUUUAAAUCAUGGUGGCAACUGGGUUCCCAAUAUCGAUGAUAGUAUUUCAACUCAUAGUAAUUCUCUUUCUAAUACAUCUACAACGAGUUUGGAUAAAAGACAUUCGUCAAAAAAUCCAUUUUUAUUAUUAGAUUUUUAUGCCUGUUAUAAUUCAAAUUCUGCAACAAAUAAUAUAUCCGAAAUAGAUUUUCUAACUCCAAACUACUCAAAGUUAAAAUUAAUCAGCAUUUCUCGAAACAAUUCAAUUGAGGUCUUUAAGCCUAAAUAUCAAAACAUACCUUCUUUAAAAAUAGAUUCGUUUAAAUAUGUUGAAGAUGAGAAGGAAACCUUAGAGACAUUUAAUAUGAAAUGUUUUAAGGAUAAAAUGACUAUUAGCUCGUUGACCUCAUUCCAAAAACUCUUUAAGAUCAACGAAAAUCUGUCUCUAAUUAUUGAUGAAGCUGGACUUUUAAUAAUUGACACUGAAAAUAUAACAAAUAUCGAUAAUUUAUCUGAUAAUAACGAUAAAAUCUUGAAAAUUGCAUUAUUCAAUUUUGGGAAAAUUAAAGAUGUCAUAAUCUAUAUAAAUCAAUUCAACGAAUGCAUGUAUGAAUAUCCACUAAAACAUAAUUUUGAAGAUGAACAUGAUUACUGUAAUGAUUUCAGCAUUUCGUUAACCGCAAUUGUAACAACGGAUGCUGACCAUAUCUUAGGGUUAAAUGGCGUAUUUAUAUGUCAUUCAAAAUUGGGAAAAUUAGAAUUGACAGAUUCCAUUAUUACUAAGAAUAAUCACAAAACAGUCGAGCUUUUGCAAUUUUUAGAUUUUUCUACAGUUCAAAAUACCAAGAAGCAUUAUCUCAAAAUACAAUCUGACUCUGAUCUGGCAUAUAAGAAACAAAGGUAA